CGCGCGCGCGCGCGCGCGCACCCCCGCACACGUACACGCGGACGCGACCGCGCGGCAGUGAGCGAGGACGGAGAGGAGCAGCUCCCCAUCCAACGGCGCCAAUUUCAUGGAUCCGACCAUCGGUUGGUACCAACCGGAGCAGUACGGCCCCGCCAGGGACCUUUGGUUGCACAUCUGGGAGGCUGAGAAGGGCCUCGACGUCCUGGCUCUAACGGCUAACGACGCGAGCAACACGAGCAACGCGAUGGGCGUGCGGCUGCAGCAGGACUUUCUCGCGCUGGACACGAGCCCGGCGGUGGCGGCGACGGCCGCCGCCGCGCCCGGCGGCACCGCGCCGUCCCCCAACGCCACCGCCAACGCCGGCAACGGCAGCAACGGUAGCAACGGCCGGGCCGCGUCCGCCGUUCACGGCUCUGCUGCCGGCAACGGCAGCGAGCACCGCGUGCCCCACAACGCCUGCAACAGCUACUACAAUCCAUCCCGCAGGAAAGGCGACAAUCGGGCGAGCACCUACGACAUGAACUACAACUAUCACGCCCUCGUGGGCACGUACGGCGGCUGCCCCUGGCGCUUGCUCAACAAGCACUACUCCAAGGGGGUCAUCGGGUUGCACGAGGAGAUAGAAGAUUUUUUCACAUACAUGUGCCCGUCGCACGAGGAGCACGUGCUGAGAUUGAGAGUUGUGAAGAGAAUAGAAAACGUAAUUUAUGAUCUCUGGCCGGACUCUAAGGUCGAAGUGUUCGGUAGUUUUCGCACUGGUUUAUAUUUGCCUACAAGUGAUAUAGAUUUGGUAGUGAUAGGGAUGUGGACGAAUCUUCCGUUGCGCACUUUGGAGCGCGCUUUGCUAGAUCAAAAUAUCGCUGAGCCGUCUUCUAUUAAAGUGCUGGACAAGGCCAGCGUGCCGAUCGUCAAGCUGACCGACAAGGAGAGCGAGAUUAAGGUGGACAUCAGUUUCAACAUGAACAACGGCGUCAAGUCCGCCGAGCUGAUAAACUCCUUCAAGAAGCAGUACCCAGUUCUGGAGAAGCUAGUCAUGGUGCUGAAGCAGUUUCUGCUGCAGAGAGAUCUUAACGAGGUGUUCACCGGUGGCAUAUCCUCGUACAGUUUGAUACUUAUGACCAUCAGUUUUUUACAAUUACACCCAAGGAAGGAUAUCCAUUGUUCGAACACCAAUCUGGGAGUGUUGCUGAUUGAAUUUCUAGAGCUGUACGGUAGAAAGUUCAACUAUGUCAAGACUGGCAUUCGCGUGAAGGAUGGCGGUAUUUACAUAUCCAAAGAAGAGAUUCAACGAGAUAUGAUUGACGGUCACCGGCCAUCCCUGUUGUGCAUAGAAGACCCACUCACGCCCGGGAAUGACAUCGGCCGUAGCAGUUACGGCGCUUUGUAUGUAAAGAAUGCAUUUAAUUGGGCCUAUUGUAUCCUCUCUCAAACGGUCAAUCCCUCAAAUAUCUUAAUCAAUGACGCCAGUAAAGUAAGCAUACUGGGAAGAAUAAUCCGCGUGACCGAUGAAGUGAUAGAGUAUCGUAAGUGGAUCAAAGAUACAUUCCCCUUGCCCGUGAGCGAAGGAGACUCUCUGUCAAGCUCAACUGGUUCUGAUGCAUCCACCCUUUCAGCUCCCGCCAGUGAUACGGACUCGGAGUGUAGUCGUGGCAAUUCACCUAACACUGGCGGGAAGAACGAAAACGACAAAAACAAAGAUAGGCUCUUUUACAAUAGUCACCAGAUCCACAAUUAUUCUGGAAGAAAAGCAUUCAAAACGACCGCUCAUGCCAAUCACCAACAGAGUUUCAAAAGCAGUUAUCACCGCAUCAACAACAAUAUAGUCGGUCAGAACAAGACCAAGCACGCGCUCCACAGUAAUGGAAACAACAAUAAUAAUAACAACAACAAUACUAGUCACAGUCCAAGCUCUAGGCCAAACUCAAUGAAGAGGAAGAAGCAGUGUACAAUGCAACGCGGGACCGGAGAUUGUGUACGGUGAUGAAACGUGCACGAUAAUUUCGGACAUUACUUCCGUCACUUAAGUAGCGAGCUCAAUAUCAUAACCGUGUGAUAGAAUGACAGCGAUUAAUAUAAAUGGUCGAUCAUGUAAUAACUGAAACAUCCCUACACGAAUACUCUUCGGUUUUGAUUCAGUGUACAGAAGGGCACCGUUUACGGUUCUGAGAGAACUAACAGUUUAUGGAAUUUUACGAUUCUUGUGCAAAGAGCAAGAAUGCCCAGGCAGUAGCUACACAUAUAUGCAUAUAUACGUAUAUUUCUUUUUCUCCCGAUUUACCACGAAAUAUUUUACUCUGUACGCAAACGUUUAUAUAUUUAAGACGUACGGAAUUUCUAAUCAAGAAUCGAGAUAAGAUCCACUUAUACUUCACUUUCGUUGCCAAGGUUAUAAACGGUACCCGGUGUAACGAUAAUUUAAUUAAUUAUUAUUUAAGAAAGAAAAAAAAAUUUGAAAAAUUUAUCAUUGCCAUCGUCGUAUAGUAAUUGUGUUCACAGCCAUGAUAAUUAGCAUGUAAUACAUUUAAAGUACGCAUAGUAUGCAAACGAUAAUGAGUUAUAGUACAUUUUUCUCAAUACACAAAACUAUAAAACACUCUGAUAGUGACAACAGAAACUUAGUUUUCUAUACGAAACUAUAUUCUUAUAACAGGAGGGUGACAAGAAAUUUGGUGAUAUUGGGACUUAUCUAAUGUACAUAUUGUAAUAUACAAUCAUCAAACAUAGAGAAGUAAAUCUAAGAGUUACCUACUCUCAAUUUUUUCUUUGUAACUUAUAAAUAUUUAAAGUAGCGUUUAUUAUAGUGAUUUUUAUUAUAAAGGUUCGUGGAUGAGGCCGUAUCUAUUUAAAAGUGAUGAAGUUUUUUUUUGUUUUUUUUUCUCUACGAAGCAUAAAUAUAUCGUUGUUGGAAGAGUUUGGUAUGUUUUUCAGAUUUUAAUGAAAUUGCAGGUUUACGCGCGAGUAAUACGAUGGUAAAACAAAAAAAAAAAUUAAGAUUUUGAAUAACAAUAUUUUUAAAAAGUAGCUUAUUUUCAAAGACAGAGUGAUGACAACGCUUCGAAUCUUCGCAGUUUAUUUCGUAGCAACAAUGGUUUUUUUUUUGCAAAUUUAGCCCCAUCUUUUUGUACAGAGACGCCAGUUUCUUAAUGUUAGCGCAUAAUUCUUAAUGUCCUCUGAACAAUGAUGUAUUAUUUUUAUAUCAGAUAAUUGAAAACGCAGAACACGUUUGUAUUAUACAAAGGGGAAAGGAAAACGAAGAAUCUGAUAUUUAUGAAUCUUACAUUGCAUUUGAUGAAACUUAUGUAUAUGACAAUACGCGAAAAGGCCUUGACAUUACUUAAAAGCCCCGUAUAUACGUUACGUUCGUCGAUCAUGGUAGACAUAUAGUUCAUUAUUAAAUAUUACAUUCCGUUGACGCAAUAAUUAACAAGACAGAAAUAGAGUGUUUAGCAAAUCUCUCGCAAUGUACAUCAGACGAAAAUCCUUUCUGGUGCCACUGCAUUUUUUGUGUUCAACGACUUUUAAUGUGCGAUGUAAAGAUUUAAUUCUUGCAGCUCUUUAAUUUAGCCACGUGAAUUGAGGAUGUUUAGCUCUGAUACCUUUUUAAAUUAUAUAUAUAUAUAACACUCAGUAUUCCGUGUAUAUUAUUUAACUUAAAACUUUCAUAUGUAAUAUCGUACGCUGUGAUUGAAUUUAAUAAUUAAAUUGUCAAUUGCUUAAAGAUAUAUAUAAAUAUAUAUAAAUAUAUAAUUUAAAUGUUACUGUAAAGCAUUAUAUAAAGCCAUAUUACAUUUUUAAAACUAUGUAAACUAUUAUUAUCGCUUAGUGAUCCUCAAGAAAUUACGUGUUUUUUUAUAAAUAUCAGAAUUUCGUAAUCAUUGAAGGUUUGAUAACGAAACUUCGUAAUCACUCAUAUUUAUCGAAUUUCCCGAACGACUAUCGUACCGUCUGUAUAUAAAUAAAAAACCGCAAAAAAAAGAUUUAAAAAAGUUUAAUAAAUAUGAAUGAUGCCGAUACUUGAUUCUUAAUUAUUUCUUGUUUGUAUAUUUUUUAAGGAGAGCGAUUUUACCUCGUAUAUAGCCAUCGUUUAAGACCAGCUAGACCGUUUGUAAACUUCUCUCGAUAGCAAUAUAAUACUCUGUAUUUUCCAAAAAAAAUUUUGAUAGUCAUGUAUAUUUAUAUUUGUGUGGGUAUAUUUUUAAAUAAGCAAUAAUGUAACGCGAUCAGUAAUGCCGUUUCACGUCUCUAGAAAUUGUACUGUCGUUUUCACAAACCGUUACAUUGAAAUUGUAAAAAGUAUUUAACUAGCGCGUACUCAUUACCGAAAGUUCGUAACUGUGUAACUGCGAAUUUUCAAGAGGCGCGGCCAACAGUACAGUUGACCCGUGCUCUAGUAAUCUCUUUUUCUUUUUUUUUCUUAAUAAAAGCUUCCGCGAGGAGAAAGGAAAGUGAGAUAGCCGACAGCUGAAUCGUACGACUUAGAGAGCCGGCAGCGAUUUGUACUUACAAUUAUCUACUCGUAAGUUUGUAUACGUUCUAAUCCGAGGCGAGGUGUGUGAAAGAUGUACGGAAACGAAAUAAAUCUUACUUACCUUUUUCUUCAA